UUAUCAAAGAGGGUCAACGCCUUUUAUUCUUAACAAUAUAUAUAUAUCUGGACUUGAAAAAAAAGAAGAAGGAUUAUAUAGCCGCGGAAUAUUCAAUAAUAAAGAAAAAAGAAAGUAGCCUCUUAAUCUUCCUCAAUAAACUGCAUUUCUCAUUUAUAAGAGGAAGAAGAAAGCAUCACUUUUAAAGAUGCUCUGCGUCUUUUCCCACUGACUUUGUGAAGUGAGCGCAGGGGAGCGAGGGGAGAAGCCGGUGCGGACACCUGCACAGCCUUCAGCCUUUUCACGUGGACAGCAGAGGGCUCGUUGGAGAGGCAGCAGGUGAGUCUGAGCGAUGGCAGGAUGCUGUGUGUCGGCGGAGGACAAAGAGAACCAGAGGAUCAAUGAGGAGAUCGAGAAGCAGCUGCGGAGAGACAAGAAGGACUCUCGCAGGGAGCUGAAGCUGCUGCUGUUAGGCACUGGAGAGAGCGGAAAGAGUACCUUUAUCAAACAAAUGAGGAUUAUCCACGGAGGAGGAUACACGGAAGAGGACAAGAAGAGUUACGCCAAACUGGUCUUUCAGAACAUCGUCAUGUCCAUACAGACCAUGAGCCGAGCCAUGGAGGCGCUGGAAAUAUCAUUUGCUGAUCCACAGAACAAGAGCCAUGCAAACUUAGUCCUGGAGUUGGAAGUGGAUAAGGUGGAGGAGUUCGAGCAAAGCCUCGUGGUGGCCGUCAGGAGUCUGUGGGACGAUGCAGGGAUACAGGCGUGCUACGAUCGACGCAGGGAAUACCAGUUGUCUGACUCCACCAAAUACUAUCUCACCGACCUGGAUCGAAUUUCUCAACCCACUUAUUUGCCUGAUCUGCAGGAUAUCCUCAGAGUCCGAGUGCCAACCACCGGUAUCAUCGAAUACCCCUUUGACAUGGAGAAUGUCAUCUUCAGGAUGGUGGAUGUGGGAGGUCAGAGGUCAGAGAGGAGGAAGUGGAUCCACUGCUUUGAGAACGUCACCUCCAUCAUCUUCCUGGUGGCGCUCAGCGAGUACGACCAGGUCCUGGCCGAGUGUGACAACGAGAACCGUAUGGAGGAGAGCAAGGCUCUGUUCAAAACCAUCAUAACCUAUCCCUGGUUCAUGCGCUCCUCUGUCAUACUUUUCCUCAACAAGACAGACAUCCUCAAGGAGAAGAUCGUAUACUCUCAUAUAGCCACCUACUUCCCCGAAUUCACAGGACCUCAGCAAGAUGUGACAUCAGCUCAAGAAUUCAUCCUGAAAAUGUACCAAGACCAAAACCCGGCCAAGGAUAAGAAGCUGUACCCUCACUUUACCUGCGCCACAGACACGGAGAACAUCCGCUUCGUCUUUGUGGCCGUGAAAGACACCAUCCUGAGACACAACCUGGAAGAGUUUAAUCUGGUGUGAAGAGGGGCAGGAGGACAGGCACGAGGAGAGCCAUGAUAGGAGAAUUACAUAAAACAAAACUUUACAGUGCUUUUUCUUGGCUGUCAAAACCGAGAACAAUUCGAUCCAAUGAAACUAUAUGUGGUUACUUUAAUGCAAAAGUUGAAAUAUUAUCUUUUGUGCCUGUAAAAAUCCAGCCAAAGAGAAUAUGAACAUGUGACAGAUAAAACCAAAAUACUCUUUCUGUAGGUUGUUGUGUCUGAAAUGCAGUUUCUUUGUGUACUGUAGUGUCCAUUCAAGCCUUUAUAGAAAUGUGCUGUAAGAAAUGUUUAUGUGACAAUUAGUGUGAAGUAAUAGCAUUGACCUUUUUUUUUUUAAAUAGUAUUUAUAGCAGUUAUCAGAAAUAGGAUCCAAGUAUAUAAAUGCUGCUCAUGCAAUAGCUGUAAGAGUCCCUUAAGUCUGGACUUCUGUGAUUUAAUAUUGUGUAGUAACACUGAGCCACCCGAUUCUGCUUUUGCUCACAAGUGCCUUCUUUACUCAGGACAGUCAGCACAGCCACGGAGUUUAUUUAAAAGUAAAUAAACCAAGUUGUGCUUUGGAAAACUCCACUCAACUGUUUCCUCUCAGGAGAAAUGAAAAUUAUAUUUAUGGUCAUUUUCAAUAAACACUUAUAGUUA